UAUUCCCUUCCCACUCACUUCUGCAUAUUCAUUAUUUACUUCAACACACACAAUUCAGAUCUAAAACUUUACCAAAGUUCACUCCAUAAAAAUGGAAGCUCUGAUUUCCCAAUUCACUUUCCUGUCAGACCGAGCUUGUGAAGACAAGAACUUCGAUCCCUCCGCCAUCGAGGACCAGAUGAAGCUUUUCGAGAUCGAAGCUUAUAGAUCGUGGGCCGCCCUCGAACAAGAGCAUGAAAAAGAAGUGAAAGCAGCGGAAGACUCCAUGAAAGAGGCUGAAGAAUAUCUGGAGUCGGUGAUGGAGAGCUGCAUGGACGAGUACAGGAGGUGUGCAGCAGAAAUGGAGAGCAAGGCGAAGAGGGAGAUGAGUAGCCUCGUUGAGAGCGGUGAAAAGGCUAGAAAUAUGGGGAAGUUUUUGCAACAAGCAGCCACGAUUGCUUCAACGAAAUAUAUUGAAGCCGCCAUGAAUUCGGCUUCUGCUUCCAUGAAAUCGGCUUGGAAAGGAGUUUCUUCUAAUAGGGUUCAUCCCUCUUGAUCUUUAUUUCAUCUUUUUGGAUUGUUGGGAAAACGAUAAGCGUCUUUUACUUGUCUUUAAAAAAAAUAUUAUCAAUAUUAUAUGAAAAUAAAUUCUGAUCUUUAAUUUA